AUGCUUGCCCACAGCCAGGACACGCUGAUUUGUAUACGCCUACCGCACCGCUUUAGGGAACUCGCAAAAGGAAGAAGAAUGAUUCGCAUCAAACUAAUAUUGCUGGCUGACGAAGGCUCUAUAUGCCAUCGGCGUCAUCUGGAAUACAUCAUCGCCGUGAUCCUCCUGGUCCUCAGCGGCGCUGCGUUCGGCCUGCGUCAGGCCAGCUCUCGCUCACGAGGUGUCGCGCUUAAUGCGGUCCCGAGUUACAAAGCCAAGGUUCAAGGCGUUGAGAAUGCUGCUUCUGCUCGAUUUAUCUGGGUUUCCAACGAUAUACAGGUUGAAAUGCUUGAAUGUACGUCAUUUUCAUGUCUGAACACACCUCAACUACGCUUUGACGUAGCAAUCAAAGCAAUCAAAGAUCCUUUAUGGGGGCAUUGGAUCUACAGCGCUCUGGUCUGA